AUGUCUGAUGUCAAAGUCGAAAUCGACCGUUCUUACACUGAUGGGACAUUCACCAACCAUGACAUCAUUCGGGGCAAAGUAACCCUAGUUGUCACUAAAGCAAUCACAUUGAACUGGAUUCAAGUUAAACUAGAAGGUAUAUCAUCAUCACAAUUGAAUAUCCCAAGACAGCAAAGUAAUGGAAAACGAGAUAAAGAUCGCAAAGAUAAGAUUAUACGAGAUCAGCACAAGGUACUUUACGAUACCCAAAUUGUGUUUCCUCCCGAUAAUGUACGACAAGUGUCACAGGCUAAAGACUUCACCCUAGCUCCUGGAAACUACUCGUAUUCUUUUGAAUUCAAGAUUCCGUUGAAUAACUCUUGUGCCAAGAUGGGAGGAAUCACUAAUAAAGUGUCCUUGAAUUUGAAAUCGUUUGACGUUAUGAUAAACAAUGGCAAUUUCAAUACUACAUUUGUCAAGAAUAAGGCACAUCAGUUAGCUAGCGAGCAUGGCUAUGCUGGUGGAGGCAAUGGGAAAAGAAAAGCAUCAUUUACACCACCACCUCCAAAACAAAGUUAUCACACGACAUCACAACUACCACCAUCCUUGUCUGGAAUUGGAGAAUUUGCAAAUGUCAAGUACUUUAUUAAAGUCACUUGUAAACGAUCAUCGUUUUUGAAGACCAACUUGAGAGCCUAUGAUCCAUUUAUUUUCUUACCCUUGGAUUUAGACGUGCAAAAUCGUCCAUUGCUUGAUAACCAACAGUUUGAACUUGAAUAUAAAGAAGCAUUUGUGAGAAAGGAGUUGAUAUUUAGAAAUAGAAUACCAGAAAUUGUCGGAGUUAAAGUAAUGUCGAGUCCUACUAAGUCAUCUGAAAAGAAGGCAUUACCAGCUGUUCCACAAGCACAGCGACCACCACCUCUGUCAAAGAAGCAAGGAUUCAUGCUGAGAUUAUUUAGCGGUGCUUCUGAUAAUACACCAAUAUCUUCAUCAAAUGUAACACCAACAUACCCCAAACGAGUGGAGCAAAAGAAACGAAGCAAUGUCCCCGAAAUCAAGUCGAAAGAUGUUCCAUUCUCAUUUGAGAUUAGAUUUAGGUACCCGGCGUUUCUUAUACCUACCAAACCCCCGUCGUUUAAGCUAUACCUAAUCUCAAACUUGAACCCUUCAAGGUACACACUAGCAGAAUACGGGAGACCCGACGAAUCCAAUGGAUUAGGUAUCAUCUACUUGCAGAAACUCACCGUCAAGUUAACAUCAAUCACUCUUGUUUCAGUUGUUGAAAAUGAUGGUGCAUCAAAUGAAUAUCACCUAGGCCAACACGAAGAAGUCAUGACUGUUUGCAACAAUACUUAUCAGAAUUUAAAAUUCGAUUUGAUGCAUAGUAGAGUCAACCCCAAUGCUUCAAAUUCCACAACUUCCCCACAAUCAUCAGCCAGUUUACAUUCGCCGGGUGGAUCAGUUUAUGAGAUUGAAAUCCCUCGCAAGUAUUUUGAUAAUUGCAUCUUACCUGACCACUUAUCGCCUAGUUUUAAAACAUGUAAUAUCACUAGGAAGUAUAUUCUUAGUGUGGUUGGAGGGUUUUCAUGUGAACAAAUUCAUGAUUUUAGAAAUAAACAAGAGUGUGGCAAAAAGAUCAAGUAUGUUGAUUUACAAUGCGAUAAUAUCAAAGUCCUUAGUGGAUUGAACAUGACCAGUACUUUACAAUCGAAUGCUUCGCGUUCGUCGAUCCCAUUGCACAACGGUGGUGGUAGUGGUGGUGUACCCCAUAGUUCCUCCACCCUGAAGUUGCCAACUACUCAUACAUCUACACCUACACCACCACCAACAUUCCCUCUGAAGAAUUCAGAGCGACUGUAUUCCCAUUCAUCAGUUACUCCAUCGAGCAAUGGACAUACAAAUUAUAAUUCAGUCGGAGAUGGACCGGUGCAAGGAAGUAGUAGUAGUAGUAGUGGUGCUGCAGGUGGUGGUGUUAGCAAUGAUAGUAAUGGUGGUGCAUUAGCAGCAGCAACUGCAGCUAUGCUUCCAACAUAUGAAGAUGUGGUUUUAGAAAGUUCGUAUCAGGAUGAUAGCGAACAUCAACGGGCAAGGAGAAGGUAUCAUCAACAUGAACAGUAUUACUCAAAUCCUGAACAAUAG